UUCCACCAUGCAUAAGCUUUCCAAACUCCUGCAGAAUCACCUCAACCCGCAGUCUGCGCCUCAGACAGCAGUGCCUUACGCAGAGCCAACAUCGCCGUUUCCGACAGAAAUAGAUUUCUUUCGCCAUCGCAAACAACGUGGCGUAAACCUUGGAUCGUGGUUCGUGCUGGAACGCUGGAUAGCAGACUCUCCGUUUCGCUGCGCUGCCUCCCCUGCGCAAAGCGACCUGGACGUCGCGCGUGGCUCCAACGCUAAGGAGAUCCUAGAACAGCACUGGGACACCUGGAUCACUGAAGAUGAUUGGAAGUGGAUAGCCGAUAAAGGCAUCAACACAGUUCGCAUCCCGGUGCGUCCGUCUCGAACGCUCAAUGUUCGCAUAUCAUAGAAGCUAUAUGACCUCCCGGCACAGAUUGGAUACUAUCAUGUCUGUGGGGCAGAUCCCUCCGUGCU